UUUCUUCCAGAAAUAGAAAAGGUUCAUGGAGUCAAUACUAAGCAAUGUAUUCUUCUUUUGGAUAAUGCUCCCAGUCAUCCACCAAUUGAGCACUUGAAUGCAAUAAGUGAACAAUGCCAAGUAAAGUAUCUACCUCCUAAUGUAACUUCGCUUAUACAACCGAUGAACCAAGGUAUCAUAGCCAAGUCUAAGAAUAUUUAUAAAACUAAUCUUUUAAGAGUAAUAUUAACCAAAAAUACUUUUGAGGAAGUUGAAAAGCAAUUAAAAUCAUUUAAUUUAUUACAAUGUUGCUACUUAAUAAAUAAUGCAUGGAAUGAAUUGACAACCAGUAAUAUAAAAAGUGCCUGGAAGAAUAUUUUUCCAUUCCAUGAAAGCUCAGAGUCACAAUGUAACAGAGACCAUCAGUUAAUAAAUGCAUUCAAUAAAUUUGGUGUUCCCAAUAUGACUGAAGAAAUCAAUUUAUGGUUACAUAGUGAUAAUAACGAUCAAGGGUGGUAUGUACUAAAUGAUGAAGAAUUAGCAUUUUCAAAUAAUAAAAAAAAUGAAAGCGAAAAGGAAGAAAGCACACGUGAUAAUUAUGGGGAUGACAACACUAAUGAUACUAUUACUGUAGAUAAUGCAUUCGACGCAUUUAAUACAUUCAUAUGUUAUUUUAAAAAUCAUCCUCAAAGCUGUACUACUGAUUGGAAAUAUAUUUACAAAUUUUGGAAUAUUAUUUUAAAUGAUAUAAUGCAGAGUACAUAG